CCCUUCCUUGCUACUCCAAUCUUGAAGUAUGUCUCAUUCUGUAGUGAAUCGCCCAGUCAAAUUCGUCAAAGCUGGCGACUUCGUCGAGAGAUACGCUUUCACCACUGAAAAAUGUAUAUUGAAAAAGGGUUGGACGCAAGCUACGGGCACAAGACCACUGCCGAUCGACCUGAUCUGGGAGAAAGAUGUACCAAUCAAGCUGAGAGAUGGAGUGAUACUAUAUGGAGAUGUGUUCCGCGCCUUGGAAAGUGACAACUCUCCACAGCCCGCAUUGCUUCCGUGGAGUCCUUAUGGUAAGACCGGCAGUGGCCAUUUUUUACUCAAUAUGUUCCCCUCGCGCGUUGGUAUCCCGUUAGCAGCUACGAGUGGCUUGGAAAAAUUUGAGGGCCCUGAUCCGGCAGAAUGGUGCAAAAGAGGCUAUGUUGUUGUAAACGUUGAUGCUCGGGGAGCCUUCAAUUCACAUGGAGACAUACAGGUCUUCGGAACUCAAGAGGGUCGUGACGGCUAUGAUACGAUUGAAUGGAUUGCUGCUCAACCAUGGUGCAACGGAUCUGUCGCACUCGCGGGGAACUCCUGGCUCGGCGCAGCCCAAUGGUUCAUAGCUGCCGAAAACCCGCCUCAUCUCAAGGCUAUUGCGCCAUGGGAAGGGCUUGGAGAUUUCUACCGCGAAUCAAUUUGUCGGGGAGGUAUUCCAGAUCGCGCCUUCUGGAAUGAAGUGUUUUCUACUUUCGGUGGCAAGAACCAAAGAGAAGAUGUGUGUGCUAUGGUAGAUAAAUAUCCGCUAUGGAAUUGGUACUGGGAAGAUAAGAAACCCAAGCUUGGCAGAAUCAACGUACCAAUGUAUGCUACAGCCAGUUACUCGACUGGUCUACAUACUGAGGGUUCUUUUCGUGGAUAUCUCUUGUCAUCCUCGUCUGAAAAAUGGUUACGGAUUCAUACUACUCAAGAAUGGCACGAUCUAUAUCAGUCAGACAGCAACGACGACUUACAAAGAUUUUUUGAUCAUUUCAUGAUUUCUGCCAACAAUGGAUGGGAAAACACUCCCCGAAUUCGCUUGUCUUUGUUGGGUUACAACAGGCCUAAUGUAGUCAACCGACCAGUCACCACUUACCCACCACCAGAAUUUCAGUAUCAGAAUUUCUAUCUCGAUACAGCCACGAAUCAUCUAUCGAUGCAUCCUAUCGAAUCAGUCUGCUCCACGAGCUAUGAUGCAGAAGCAAGGGGCGGUAACUUCAGCCGUUUUGAAUUCAAAUUCGACAAAUACACAGAACUUUCUGGUUUCUCUAAGGUGCGACUUUUUAUGUCUACUCCAGAUCACAAUGACAUGGACGUUUUUGUCUUGUUACGAAAGCUAGACUCCAAGGGUAACGCAUUGGAGUACUUCAACAUCCCAUUCAAAGACCUACCUGAAGGUACAAAACCCGAAGAUAUCCCAAAGGACAAUAUCUGGAGGUAUGUUGGCCCCAAUGGUCGGUUGCGAGCCUCGCACAGAGCUACAUUGCCUGAGCCUGGACUUUCCUCAAGUCAGCGAAAACUUCUUUCUGAUGCCUAUGUCUGGCAUCCUCAUGACCAUGAAGAGAAGCUUAGCAAGAAUGAGAUUGUGGAGCUGCAAAUCUCGCUCUGGCCAGGGGGCAUGAUAUUCGACAAAGACGAAUCAAUGGCAUUGGAGGUCAGCGGAUUUUACGGGAUUCGACCCGAAUUUGAGAAGUUGCGAGACACCCUUUCCAACUACAACGUAGGUCGUCACAUCAUCCAUUCUGGCGGUCAGUAUCCAUCGUCAUUUCUAGUAGCUACGAGUAGUCACUAGAAUGAGUCGUCCGAUUAGAUGGAAUGGUUCAUUCUCAUACUCAAAUCCUGUUGGAGCAAGUUGUAUGUCAUAAUGUCAUUAAAAUUGCGUACAGAAGAGGAUCUCAACUGUUCCCAGUAUGCGCCUGUAUAUUUUGUUUUUUAAGAGAACCCGUUCUUUAACU